UUUCGGAGGGAACGACAAAAGCAAGUCCGGCAUUCAUCAUUAAAAGUGCUUUAAGCCACCGCCAGGUCUCUCGUUCAUCCUACACCGUCUGCGACAUCACACUCUUUUGUCUCUAUAUUCCUCACAUACCGUCGCCUCGCCAGAGAACCCUAACAACAUCGCCCAUCAUGGGGUUGCUCGCCACUGUCGCAGCGCCCCUUGACCGACUCCUCGAGACUCUACCAACCUACCAGGUCGUCCUACUGGGCUUCUUCGCCUUUUGCCUUCUUUCGGUCGUCCUGAACGUCACACGGCAAUUUCUCUUCAAGGACAAGAAUGCGCCGCCCGAGGUGUUCUCGUGGUUCCCGCUCAUCGGCAACACAAUAUGGUACGGCAUGGACCCGUUCGACUUCUUCUUCUCAUGCAAAGAGAAAUACGGCGAUGUGUUUACCUUCAUCCUUCUCGGCCGAAAGGUUACCGUAUGCUUGGGUACGAAGGGAAAUGAAUUCAUUCUGAACGGAAAGCUGAAAGAUGUCAACGCCGAGGAGGUCUACACCGGCUUGACGACACCCGUGUUUGGAGAGGGCGUGGUGUACGACUGUGAGAAUGCGAAAUUGAUGGAACAGAAAAAGAUGGUCAAGUUCGGCCUCACCAUGGACGCCUUCAAAUCUUACGUCGACUUGAUCUCCUCAGAGACUAAAGGAUUCGUUGAGACCAACAAACUCUUCAAGGGCAGCAGCGGCAGUAUUGAUGUCAUUCCAGCGAUGGCCGAACUUACCAUCUACACGGCUUCCCGAUCUCUGCAAGGCAGAGAGGUGCGAGCCAAAUUCGAUUCGACAUUCGCCGACUUGUAUCACGAUUUGGACAUGGGAUUUGCACCGAUCAACUUCAUGCUUCCGUGGGCUCCUCUUCCGCACAACCGGAAGCGAGAUAUCGCGCAGAAAAAGAUGGCCGAGACGUAUAUGGAAAUCAUCAAAGAGAGACGGGCCAAAGGUGGAAAGCGCGAGGGGGAUGAAGAGGACAUGAUCUGGAAUUUGAUGAACUGUGCCUACAAGGAUGGCACGCCCGUACCUGACAAGGAAGUCGCGCAUAUGAUGAUUGCUUUACUCAUGGCUGGUCAACAUUCAUCGUCGUCUACCUCUGCCUGGAUUUUGCUUCGACUUGCGACGCGUCCGGACAUUCAGGAGGAGUUGCUGGAGGAACAAAAGAAGAUCCUAGGCGAAGACUUGCCCCCUCUUACAUACGAGAGUGUUCAGAAAUUGACCCUCAAUGCGAAAGUGGUCAAGGAGACGCUGAGAUUGCACGCCCCAAUCCACAGCAUUCUGCGCAAGGUCAAAUCUCCAUUGACUAUCGUGGCGAACACGCCGACCACGACGAAGACUUACAUGAUUCCCACAACGCACACGCUGUUGUCGGCGCCAGGUGUGACAUCCCGAGAGUCAACAUAUUUCCCGGAACCGAUGUUGUGGGAACCACACCGAUGGGAUGAAGGGCACCCUUUGGCGUACUCGCAGCUCGGGCAGGAGAAGGAGGAAUUUGAGGAUUAUGGCUACGGCAUGAUUAGUAAAGGCGCUUCAUCUCCGUACUUGCCUUUUGGUGCGGGACGGCAUCGGUGCAUUGGUGAGCAGUUUGCGUAUGUGCAGUUGGGCACAGUGUUGGCGACGAUGGUGAGGUUGGUCAAGCUCAGACAGCCGCAAGGGAAGACUCUGGUGCCGACGGAUUACUCGAGUUUGUUUUCGAGGCCGUUGGGUCCGGCGGUCGUGGAUUUUGAGAAGAGGAAUGAGAAAUAGACAAUGGCAUGGCGAUAGUAUUGUACAUAGGCGGAAGCAUGGAUACAUACGAGAUCCGACGCAAGGCGCAUGGAGUCAGUCUAGUAAUGAUGGAGGGUCUCUUGGUAGGAAGAAUAGCGAUAAUGUGUAUGUUCUGUGCUAGGAUUUACAGGCCC